AUGCCCACGCUUCGUCCUUUUCCUUUACAGUACUUUCUUCAUAGAAUUUAUUUUGCUAAUAAAAGAAUCACCGUCUUCACUUCCGAUUUAUUUUUUCUUUUUUUUUUUCCAGUUUUUAAAUUUUUUUCCGUUGGUUACAUUCUUUCCGAUUUUUUUCUUUUCUCUCUUACUCUUUUUCUCAUUUAUUUUACUUUCUUUUUCUUCACCUUUAAAACAUUCCUUUCCUUUUUUUAUUUUUUUUUUUUUUCAUCGUUUCCUUCGUAUUGUCUCCUUUUUUUCCGAUUUUUUUCUUUUCUUUCUCUUUUUUUUUCUUUUUUUUUUUACUUUCUUUUCACCUUUCUUUUUUUAAAACAUUCCUUUUUUCUUUUUCUUUUUUUUCAUUUUCUUUUUUUUUCCUUUUAUUAUUUUUUCUUUAAACUCAUCGUUUCCUUCGUUUUUAUUGUCUCCUUUUUUGUGGCACUUUCUUCCUUAUUUCCUCUUUACUUUUUCUUUAUUAUUUCUUUUUAG